UUAGGAUUGUUUCAAAAGGCAAUCAUGCAAAGUGGAUGUAUGUUUAAUCCAUGGGCAUUCACUGAAAAACAUAAAGAAGCAGCUUUCAAGUUGGCCAAAAAUUUAGGUUGUGAAAAAAACGAUCCUAAAGAAAUCGUUCAAUAUUUGCUCAAUGUCCCAGCUAUUGACAUUGUCAAGUUAACUAAAAUUGAGGGCAAAACUGAUUUUCAAAACUAUGAGUUUAUUCCAUCUGUUGAAAGUGAAAUGGUCAGUGAGGUAUUUUUSCCUGCUCAUCCUGAAGUUUUAAUCCAGACUGCAUCAACUGUACCUGUAAUUACUGGGAUCAACAACAUGGAAGGAUUGAUAGCUUUUGGAGAGCAUAGAAUGAUGAAAAUUCUGAGCGACRCUGAAGAAAUUAAUGAAUUACUUCAAAAUCAUUAUAGUAAAGAAAUUAUUAACAAAGUAAAGAACUUUUACUUCAACGAAUGUAACUUGGAAUGCGGAACUACUAGAUUGGAAAAUAUAUGUCAUUUCUACAGUGAUUUAUAUUUUACUAAAGAUUUUCAUCGUGGUUAUGAUCAUUUUCUCAAACAAAAUACCUCAUCGGUUUACAGUUAUGAGUUUAAAUUUGAUGGAGAAAUCAAUAUUUGCAAAAGAAUUAUGUUUUCUCUAAGGCCAACUUUUCAAUCGUUAAAAGGUGCAUGUCACGCUGACGAAUUGAGUUAUUUAUUUUAUGGAUCACUAUUUGGAUUUGCACCCAAACCCAAUUCACCAGAGUUAAGAAUGUGUAGAAUAUUAAGUAAAUUAUGGACCAAUUUUGCAAAAACUGGAAAUCCUAAUUCGCAAGAUUUAUGUUUUGAAUGGAAAAAUACGAGUACAGAAGAACCGAAAUAUUUGUCAUUAGAUGGAGAUAAUACAUGCAUGGUUUAUGGAUUAUUGAAUGGUUCCAGGGUGCGUUUUUGGGAAAACAUAUCAGGAAAAAUCGGAUGGCAACAAAAAUGAUUUUUUGGAAAUAGUGAAAAAUUUUCUAAAUACAUUCAAAAUUAACUAACUUUUAUGUGGUAAUUGAUCAAAUCAGCAACACUUAUUUUGAAAUACAAAACUAAUGAARGACAAUUAGCCAACUUUACCUAAGUCUAACUAUCUAAAUAAUGACCUAGUGUAGUGUACAACAGUAAAAUUUUAAUUAUUAAUUAUAGUCAUAAGAAAUGAUUUGGGUACUUUUUUGAUAUUUGCAUAUAAUUUUAAAAUUAUAUUUUUUUCAUUCAAAACAACAAUGUUAAGAAUAAAUAACCUAAUUGUAUCUAUUGAUUAUAAAAUUUCUGUUUUUCUCAUACUUCAAAAACUUGAAAUAAACCUCGUCCUUCUAUAUCCUGCUAAUUAUUUAUCCAUAACUUGAAAAAAAAUUUCUCUAUUUGCCUUGAUAGUUAGAUGAUAAAAAGUUUCUGUGUUGAAUACAGCUAAUGAAAUUAUGGUUAGCAUUAUCCUCUUAAAUGAUGACAAUUAAUUUCACUGUAUGAUACAUUGUGAUGUAAUGGAUCAAUAUGCGAUCAGUGGGGUUUGGCCUUUCUUAAAGGUCCGGUCAAACAGAAAGCGGACUGUCCGCGYKGCCAUGUGCACUAUUUAAAUGCAUCAUGCUGGUWAAACAGACGGCGGUCUACCGCRACGGACUAUACUAGUCCGCCGCGGACAAACGAGCUGUUGUAUUUUUUCACA